GCUCCCUAUAGCCCCGCCCACACCACCCGCGGCGCCCCGUGAUUGGAGGAAGGCGCCGUCACUCAGCGGCGGCGGCGGCGGUGGCGGCGGCGGGUGGGAAGAAGAGGCCCGGGAGCCGAGGGCGUCGAAGGCGCGGCCGAGCGUCGCGGGUCGCGCGGGCCUGGCUCGGUGGGAACGGGCGUCUCCGCCAUCUCUGGGCGGUGCAUGGCGGCGGGAUGGACCUGGAGGGGGCCGGCGGCGGUCCCGGAGGGGCGGCCGGGCUCCUGCAGCAGAUCCUCAGCCUGAAGCUGGUGCCGCGCGUGGGCAACGGGACGCUGUGCCCCAACUCCACGGCCCUCUGCUCCUUCCCAGAGAUGUGGUACGGUGUGUUUCUCUGGGCACUGGUGUCCUCGCUCUCCUUCCACGUCCCUGCGGGAUUGCUGGCCCUCUUCACCCUCAGACAUCACAAAUAUGGUAGGUUCAUGUCUGUAAGCAUCCUGUUGAUGGGCAUCGUGGGACCAAUAACUGCUGGAGUCUUGACAAGCGCUGCCUUCGCGGGAGUGUACCGUGCUGCAGGCAAGGAGAUGAUCCCACUGGUGGCCCUCACAUUGGGCAGCGGGCAGACCUUCUGUGUGCUGCUGAUCUCCUUCCUCCGCAUCUUAGCUACUCUCUAGCAUCCGCUCGACGGAGAUGGGAACCCAAGGAUUCUAGAAGCUGUGAACACACCACCUUGCGGAAUGCACCUUUGUUGUCUCCUUCAACAGAAGAGCCAAGCACCUUGGAAAAGGUGUAUGAAGAACUAUCUCUGCUCUUUGUGCAGUUUGCAGCACCCAGAAUUGAAGAUCUUUCAAACUCAUUCCCCAACCAAAAACAAGUGGCAUCUUUCCUGGGUAGAUUCCAAUGAGAGCAGUUUGUCAGGCGCUCCAUCCCCCCAUCCAGGUCGGCGAGAUUUCCCAGCUGGCAAAAUUUGCACUGAAAUCUGUGAUAUUUUUGUAAGAAAGCACAGAGCUGGGCCCAUACCUCAGAGGAACUCUGGACAAUAGUGGUUUAGUUCUGAGCAAUGUAUUAAACGAACAUCUGCUGGGAUUUGAUCUCGAUGGAAAUUUGGCAGAUACCACGCAGGGCAAGUUGGAUUUGGUUGAAUAGAGCUUCGAGAACAAACCUGGGCGAAUAUAGCAGGAAUAUGAAUAUCUUAAUACCAAACAGUGACUAUUUUCCACUGUUUAAAGACAAAGAUAACUACUGAAUGAUGUGACUUUUUAAUGAGCAACUGUUUUGACCUCUGAUUAUAUAUUUUGAGAUGUGAAGUUAUUUUAUACAUUUUUAUUAAAAUAAGCUAGCUGAA